CUCUCAAACGCUACGAUCGCGACGACGCGGCAACGAUGAGCCUCGAUCUGGCACGCCUGGAUCAUGGCGAGCGCUCGGAUGGGCAGCUUGCUGGCUGCAUUGAAGCAAUGCGGCAGCUCGAGAGAUCUGGCAAGAGGAAAGCUUGUCCAUGCCGCGGCGAUCGAGCGCGGCGAUGUCUCGAGCAUCCGGGUAUGGAAUUCUCUGAUUAGCAUGUAUGGAAAAUGCGGCAGCCUCACGGAUGCGCGCCUUGUGUUUCACAGGAUGCCCGGCCACAGCGUCGUGUCGUGGAACGCAUUGCUGCUGGGAUUCGCCGAGAGCGGCGAAGGCGGCAUCGUUCUCGAGCUCUUCUCGGCGAUGCAAGCCCAGGGCUGCGCCGCCGAUCGAUUGACCUCGGGGCUUUGGAGAAAGCAAUGGCGAUCCAUUCCAUGGCUCUCAACGAGGACCCUGUCGUCCAUAGCUUCGUCCAAAAUGGUUUGGAUGGAGCUCCACACGGUCGUCUCUUGGACGUCUUUGAUUCUCGGGUACGCUGAGAAUCGCGAGGAAAGACUGGCCCUGGAGAUUUUCUCUCGAAUGGAAGCGGAUGGAGGCUGUGUACCAGAUUCUCGGACUUUUGUUGCUGCUGUCAAGGCAUGCACGGGACUGGCUGCUCGAGACGAAUGGAGAAAAGCUGACGGCAAGGUGGUGAAAGCUCUGGCAUUAGAGAAAGGACUAGCAAUCCAUGCUCAGGCUGCACAGCGAAGGCACGACUCGGACAUUUUUCUGGCAAGCUCGCUGGUAAACAUGUACUGCAAGUGUGGGGGUCUCGAUCACGCGAGCAGAGUCUUCAGUGAGAAUGGAGAAGGAGGCAGAGCUUUCGAGAUCUUUAUGGACAUUAAGGAACGGUGCACUGGACAGGACUAUCUAACUUUCCUGGCGGCAAUCAAGGCCUGUGCAAGCCUUGCGACGAGAGAAGUCGGAACUCACGUCGAUGGGAAGCUCUUGAAAGUGGAUUCGCUGGAAAAGGGAAUUCCAUGCUGGAUAUGUACACGAAGUGCGGGAGCCUGGUGGAUGCUCGCAGGCUGUUCGAGAGGACUUUUAUCCGCGAUGAUGUUGUGUUGUGGAACACCUUGAUUCUUGGGUACGUUGAGAGUGGAGAAGCGCAAAUCGCUUUGACAUUGUUU